AAAUGUGACAGUUUGCAUUAAUUACGAAAAAAAAUUAAGAGGAAUCAUUUAUAAACUGCUAGGAUUCAGUGUUAGAUCUUUAGCUUUCGUUCUAUGUUCUGUAUAAGUAUUGUUCACGUAUAUAAAAAAUUUUUUUGAUUUCGUUUACAUUAGUGCCAGUAGUGAGUGUUUAAUUUCUUGCAAACUACUGUGAAUAUUAGAUUUAAAUUCAUUUGUGAACCUAAUCGAUAGUAUUAUCUUUGAAAUAUAUGCUCGUAAAAUGCAAAUUGGUGCGGAAUAUUGAAAUUAAUAAUUCUUGUUAAUAUUGAUAUGAAGCGUUUAGUUCCACCAUUCUGCCACAACGCGGCGCUAGUGUUUCUUACCCUGUGAAGCAGCUGAAUUUUCAUUUGCGAAAAAUACUAAUUUAGAGAAUUAAACUAUGAACUUUUGUAAUUGAUUCUUCUUAAUUAGAUCCUUGGCUUUCUUUCUAUACCCCGUUUGAGCCAUAAAAUGCAGAAAUAAGUACUUUUAAAAUUAGUUUGUAUCAGUUAGCUACCAACAGAUGGCGCCACCAUGUCCAAUUCGAACACUAUAUUAUGAAAAAAAAAUAUAUGAAGCAUUUUAUACUAAUGGGGGGGAAAAAAUCAUAUAAAGAAGAAUAAUUUGUGAACUUUUAUAAUUGUGGCAUCUGUUUUAGAUCGUUUUACGUGCCAUUUAUAUUCCAAUGUGCAUUAUUAAUUAUUUUCAAAUUUUGUUCAAUAGAUCAAGAGCCUAUUUCAAAUGUAUUUUAAUGUAUUCAUUUUCUCACGAACUACAUUGGAGUCAAUAUUGGAGUCAAAUUUAAUUAAAUUAAAUUAUUAUUUCAUUUCUCAUAGUUUUUAACUUAAAUUCAAAUAUAGGCGCUUUAAAAUUUAGCGCCAUCAUGUAUGGCUUAUGGGAGUAUAACCUAUAAUAGCGUUUAAGAAUUUGAGUAGCACGUGUGUCUUUUAUAAUCUGUGUGCUUCAUAAAUGUUUAAAUGAUCAGUACAGUAUCUCUUUGUAAAAUAUAGUGUAAUAUUUAAGAAUCAAAAUGCAGCACGACGAUUACUAAAUCACAGAAGUUCUGUCGCAAUGAAUAUAACCUCACGGGUCUAUGUAGUAGAGCAUCUUGUCCUCUUGCAAAUAGUCAGUAUGCAACGAUUAGAGAAGAAAAUGGUAUUAUCUAUUUAUAUAUGAGAACAGCAGAAAGAAUACAUUUACCAAAAAGUGCAUGGGAAAAGGUAAAACUUUCUAGGAAUUUUGAAAAGGCGAUGCAGCAAAUCAAUGAAAAUUUGCUGUAUUGGCCUGGUUUUGUAAAAGCAAAAUGCAAGCAAAGAUUUAUAAAAAUUACGCAAUAUUUGAUACGUAUGAGGAAAAUAAGGUUAAGAAGACAAAAGCAAAUUGUACCAAUUCAAAGGAAAAUUGAAAGAAGAGAAAGACGCAGGGAAGAAAAGGCUCUUAUUGCUGCAAGAUUAGAUACUGCAAUAGAGAAGCAACUUAUGGAAAGAUUAAAACAAGGCAUGUACAAAGAUGUUUACAACUUCCCACAAAAGGUAUUUGAUAAAGCUGUAGAAGCUGUGGAAGUUGAAGGUGAAAGUGAAGCUGAAAGUGAAGAAGAAGAAAAAGAACUAGAAAUUGAGAAAGAAGUGGAAUUAGAAUUAGAAGCAGAUGAAAGAGAAACAGAAAUAAAUACAUCUCAUUUUGUAGAAGCAGAAACUGACGAAGAAGAUGAGGAUGAUGAUUUUGAUGUUCACGAAAUAUCUAUGGAUUUAGUACCUGCAGCAAAGAAAAGUGCGAAAAAAUCUGUUGUCAAGAAACAGAAAUCCCAAAAGAAAACUCGUCCAAGAGUCGAAAUUGAGUAUGAGUUGGAGUCAGAAUUGUAUGAAGGGAAACAAGCGAGAUAAAUACUUUUAGUUAGGAUAUUUGUAAUUAUAUUUCUAAUAAAAUUUAAAAAUUGUUUUAUAUAUUCCACAAUGUGUACUGUUCCUAUUUAAUUUUUUUAUUUACAUAUUUUAGUAACUACGACCAUCAAUCAACAAUUAUUACAAUCACAUAA